AUGGUAAUAAUUAAUAAUUUAAACUUUUAACAUUAUUAAAGAAUUUAAAUUAGAUUUCUAUUUACUUAAUCAAUCUUAUUGUAUUUUUGUAUUUCCUUUGGUUUAUAUUUGCAUUUUCUAUUUAAUAUAAAACCUUUAUUUGCAAUAAUUAUCCUUUAUGGUUUAGUAUGGACAAUAUUCAAAACAUCUUUAAGAGCACUUUAAAUAAAAGCCUUUUUUUAAGAAUCGAAGGAUGUAAAAUAAUUGGAACUCAAAGUUUAAGUAUUUACAGAAUUUUAGAAAAACAAUUAAAUAGUAAAUAAAGUAGGUGAUUUAAUUUAUUUUGGACAUAUUUAUCAUCAUUUAGCUAAUAAAUGUUAAAAUUAAUAUACAGAAUUUGGAAUGAGAUGUUUUUGUACAAUGAAAAUAACUUUUGAUUCAAAAUUAUAAAAGGAUAUUAGAAAAACAAUUUAAGCAAUCAGAAAUCAUAGAUCUAGUUUCACUAAACUUAUGAUUAAAUCAUUAUAUGAAACUUUAAUUUAAAAUUAACCAAGAAAUAUAGAUUUGAGAUUUCUUUAUGCUUAAUUUCUAUAUUUCAAAAUGAAAAACAAAAUUUAGGCUUAUGAAUAAAUAUAAUGGAUUUUAAACAAAAAGUUGAAUAUUCAUUUGCAAUUAAGAUUAACAUUGAUGGCUUCAAUGGUUUAUGAAAAUGCAAACGAUUUAAAUAGCCUUGCAUAUCAUAGUUUUCUUGAUUUUGAAUAUGUAAUAUAAAUGGAAGAAACAAUCUCUUAAAUUUAUUAAGUAAUAUUGAAAUUAUUGAGUUUAUAUUCUUCAUUUUGGAGAAGAUUGACUAAGAAUCCUUAAGUAGAAUAGAUUUAAAUAGAUAUUAAUAUGGAUAUUGAUCAAGAGAUGACAAAUUGUAAUAAAUUAUGGAAGAAUAUUAUAAAACAUGAAGUAAGAGUAAAAUAAUAGGAUGUUAUAAUUUCAUUUUUGAGCAAAAGAUUAAAAUGGAAAUUUAUAUAUUUUUGGUAUUUUAUAUAUAUAUAUAUUUAUUUUAGGUAUAGAUUAUUUAUUUUAAAUAAGAAAGUUAGAUUAACUCAAAUUGAAAGUUUAAGUUCAGCAACAUUACAUUAGGAAAUUGUUAAUGAAGAUUCUGAUAGUGAUUAUGAGAUUAAAGUCUAUGAAUAAUUUAAUAAUUCAAAACCAUUUAAUCAUAUGAGUUUGAUUAUUCAUUCAUUACUUAAUGGAUAGAUUAUUAAAUCUAGUUAAUCCUGCAAAGAAGUAUUAGAAUUUGAUAAUUUAAAAUCCAUAUCUUAAUUAAUACCAGAAGUAUUAUAAAGAAAUCAUCAAAAUGCUAUUAAAUAAUUAUUGUAUUAUGGUAAAAGUAAGACUUUACAUAAAAGUCGUAAGAUUUUUAUUAGACAUUCAUAAGGAUAUGUAAUAUAAGCUAGAAAGUAUUUGAAAUGGUAAUUAGAUUAAUAGAAUUAAAUUAAUUUUAUAGCUAUGAUUAGACCUAUAAUAAGAUUAGAAUAGAUAAAUUUUAUUAUUUUAAAUGGAGAUUGGGAAGUAGAUGCUGUUACUAGACCUCUAUUUAAAAUAUUAGAAUAAAAAACUUGUUUACUAUUACUUUGUACAGGUUUGUUUUAAUUUUCAAAAUUUGGACAUUAUUUAAAUUCAGAUGAUAUAACAAGAUUUAAAUUAACUUAAUAAUCAAAAUCAUUAAAUAUGACAUAAUCAAAAUAUUAUAAUUCUAUUGAUAGUGUUAAUUAUAAUAACUUAACAAAUUCUUAGAAAACAAAUUAGUUUGAUAAAAAAGGUUCAGAAUAUGAAGAUUAAUCAUUUGCUUUUUUUGGUGAAGAUAAUAUUGAAUAUUUUAAUACAGAAAAUCCAUAAACAAAUUAAAGAUUAUUUAAAAUAGUAGAUGAAUAACAUGUAAAAUUAACACUUAGAUUACCAAAAAAAAUGAAUUAAUUAAAUUAAGAAUAUGAAUAUUUAAAAGCAUCUACAUUUUAAGAUGCAAUCUAAUAAAAUGAUUUAUCUACUAUAUAUAAUAGAAAGAAUAAAUUAAUCUUUAGAAAUGCAGAUAAUAAAAUUAAAAUUAAUAAAUUAUUACUUUUUCGUAGAUUAUAUGAUUUUAAUUAAAGAUAAUUGAAAUAAAUGUUUGAUAACUUAAGAGAUCUAUUUGAAAAAUAUUGUUCAUAAAAUAGAUUACUUGAAAAAAUUAUUAAAUUAGAUGCAACCAUUCAUUUUACUAAAACUAUUUCUAUGGAUAAAUAUACAAUUAUUAAAAUUAAUAAAUAUGAGAUAUUUGAAUAUCAUCAAAGAUAAUUUAGAGAAGUAAUACAUAUAUAUAUAUAUUAAAGACUCAUAAUGUUCUAGCUGAAUCUCGUAUGAAAUAAUCUAGGCCAUCAUUAGUAGAAAUGUAUAUGGAUCCAAGAAUAUUUGGAAUUCAAUAAUAAUGUACAUAUAUUUGCUAAUAAUAUUAUAAGUUAAUAACUCAGAAGUUGAUUCAAAUAGAAUUGAUUAAAACAAAUCAUUUCUCACUGAAGGAUAAGUCUUUCCUGAAUUUGUCUAAUAUCAUCCAACUGAAGUUGUACUAAAACUUGAAAAUAACAUAUUUUUCAAAUAAGAUAACAACAAAGUGA